AUGACUACUGAGGAAACUUUAACAGUUCUUGAUCCUCCUAUUACUGUAGCCAAUCCAAAUAUGAGUUUUGACAGGAGUUAUUAUACUAAAUCUAAGAAUUCAUACAAAGAUGAUAGAAAGCUUUACUACAAUACAUCACAUAAUUCUUAUAGUCAAAAUUUUAAUGCACAACAGAUUGAUAGUAAGAGAGAUGAAUUUUCUAAUAGAAGAGAAAUUAUGAGCAAUAAUGAUUCAAUGAUGCCUAUUAAUAAUAUGAGUAAUAUACCAAUGUUAAGUGAUGUUAAUAAUCUUACUGCUAAUCCUGUAAUGAACACUAUGAUGGGAAGUGAUUUAGCUACAACAGCAACUGAUGUACCAAUGGUUAGUGAGAUGAUAUUGGAUAAUGGUCAAACAAUACUAGCACCUGAUGGACUUAUGAUGACAUCAGAUUUAACAAAUGCUUUAAUUGAUGAUGAAGGUGAUACACUAAAUACAACUAAUACUGCUGAACCAGCAGCAGAUGACAAUGAAGAUGAGGAGGAGGAAGAUGAUUCAGAUGAAGGAUCUAGUAACAGAAGUGAGAAUGGAAUUAAAUCAAUUCUUACAUUAUCAGGACUUGGAAUAUUAGCAUUUUUUUCAAUCCUUUAA